AUGUUUAGAUUAACCACUACAACAAAAGCUCUUCCCAUUCUCCCCUUAGUGAAAACCACAUUUCCCUUUCUCUCAACUACUACAUUAAUUUCUAAUAGAUUUCAAACGACAACAACGACAACGGCAGAUAAAUCUGAACCCUUCUCUGACGAAGAUAUAAAUGAGUGGUUACAAACUAUUCGUAAAGCGCGUUUAAAUUUAAGACAGAACAGUUUAGAUAAAAGUUUAUUAUUAAGUGAGACUAUCGACAUAAACGGCGAAGAGGAAUUUACUCCCACUGAACAGCAAAUCCAAGAAUACGAAGCAUUAAAAGAUGUGCCAUUGCCACUACGUAAGGAUCCUGUCUUGGAACAUGUCACUAAUAUGAUUAUGCGUCAUGGGAAGAAACAGGUCGCUGAAAGAAUUAUGUCUAGAGCUUUACAUCUUGUAUAUUGUCAAACAAGAAAGGAUCCAGUGGAACUUUUGAAGAAAUCCUUAGAUGAAAUGGCGCCAUUAAUGGUUGUUAAGACUUUUAGUACAAAAGUGGCUAAAUCUGCGGUCAUUCCUGUGCCAUUAAACCAAAGACAAAGAAAUAGAAUUGCGUGGAAAUGGAUUGUAGAGGGUGCUAAUAAACGUGUUUCAAGCGAUUUUGCUGUGAGAUUAGGAGAAGAAUUGGUGGCCGUAUCCAAAGGUAUUGGAUCUGGGUUUGACAAGAGAGACCAAAUUCAUAAAAUGGCUAUUGCACAUAGAGCUUACAUCAAAUUGAAAUAA